UUUCUCUUGUAGUUAACCUGCCUCUCUAAAAGGAGUUCUAGUGACACUCUUUUAAGUUUUUGCUGCUGACUAACUUCUUCACAAGCAUAACAAUGGUCAACCUAUGUGGUUUACCCUUGGCAUAAGGGAAGCUAUCAAAGGCUGGGACAAAGGUUUGAAGGACAUGUGUGUGGGAGAGAAGCGAAAGCUAACUAUUCCACCAGCCCUUGCUUAUGGAAAAGAAGGGAAAGGAAAAAUUCCCCCUGAGAGCACACUGAUUUUCAACAUUGACCUUCUAGAAAUUAGGAAUGGACCAAGGUCUCAUGAGUCGUUCCAGGAGAUGGAUCUUAAUGAUGAUUGGAAACUGUCCAAGCAAGAGGUGAAAAUGUACUUGAAGAAAGAAUUUGAAAAGCAUGGAGCAGUGGUAAAUGACACCCAACACGAUGCUUUGGUUGAAGACAUAUUUGAUAAAGAAGAUGAAGACAGUGAUGGGUUUAUAUCUGCAAGAGAGUUCACGUACAAACAUGAUGAGCUGUAGAAAAGGGUGGCAUAAUUUUUUUGACAGAAAUGGCAGUGAUUUAGACUGCCUGGUUCUCUUGUCUUCUUAAUUCUGUGUUUGGGGUUGACAGCUGCUGUUGGCUAAGAAACACUCUUUGUUUAUAUAAAAGAAUUUCUGUUCAUUAUGUACAAAUGUUUUAAACUAUUUUAAAGUAUGAAAAUGUACCUCCUUUUAUGCAGCAAAGACUUGCACAUCAGUGGUUUUUUAAAAUUUUGUAUUAAUUUAUUUUUCAGAAAUGAAA